GGACCCAGCCGAACUCUGCUUUCCUAAACGUGCCAAUUUCCUCUUGCCAAUAUUCAAAGGAUAUGGAAACUCCAACAAAUUAUACUAAUUUUAUUUAAUUUAAUUUAAAAACACUCUCUCUAUCACACCCUCUCUUUGUUUCUACACUGCACGAUAGCUAGCAUCAGAUUCAAGCACGCAGAGAGAGGCUCCGUUGUCGUCAGAAACGAAGAUCACUCUGGUAGCUUCCAAUUCGCUCUUCUAUAUAUAUGGUGAUGAAACUUCUUCUAGAUUCAAAUACGGGUUCUCUUUUUCUUCCCUAAUUUGCUGCGGAUUGUUUUUCUUAUCCUUCUCAAUUUUGGUAAACCUUCUUCAGUUCAGGCAGGUGAUUUGGAGUUGUUUUGAAAAUUGAACUUUCCCUCUGUGGUUAAGUGGAUACAAUGACUAUACUAACCCCGAUAUUUUAUCCUGAUUCUCCUGCGGGAAAUGACUAAAUCUGUCCUUUUGCACCCUUUUUGUCUCUACGAAUAAGACAAUAACACCAAGCGGCAAGCGGUAACGUUCGUCGUUGUGGAAUGUGUAGGUUUGCGGCGGAUUUGUAUUCUGUUCUAUGCGGCUUUGUUUUUUGAUUUUGAGCUGUGUUCUUUCGAAAGAGGAGAGUAAUCAAGGGAAGACAUAGAAGAUGGUGGAGAUGAUAAACAAGGAUACUUCGCACUGGUGGUGGUUUGAGAGUCACCAAAGCUCCAACCGCUCUCCGUGGCUACAAUCCACUCUUUGCGAGGUAGACAGGAAGACAAAGGCAAUGCUGAAAUUGAUAGAGGAAGAUGCAGAUUCGUUUGCCCAGCGUGCAGAGAUGUAUUAUAAGAAACGGCCUGAGCUCAUUAGCAUGGUUGAAGAUUUUUACAGGACACAUCGAUCAUUAGCUGAGCAAUAUGAUCUACUUAAAUCUGACUCUGGAAAUCGCCUAACAACAAUCAAAUAUCAACGGCAGAAGUUAACGGGUGGGAUGAAUAAAAUCUAUGACAGCCAUUCUGAUUCUGAAACGUACUCUGCUGAGUCUGAAGUUGAAGAUCCUGGACAGGAAGAGGAAACUGAAUUUGAAGAAGAAAUGGGAGAAGUUGAGGAGCCUGAACAGAAAAUAGAAACUGGUGAAGUUGAAGUUUCAGGUUCAGUCUGUAAUGAUGAGGUGAUGAAGAUGCAGGACGAAAUAGAAAUACUCAAAGAAGAGAACAGAAUUCAGAGUGAACAACUUCUGCAGAAAGAUGAAGAGAAGAGAGAGGUUAUAAGGCAACUCAGUUUGGCUAUAGAAGUGCUUAAGCUGGAAAAUGUGCAGCUCAGGAAGCAUGUAGCUAAAGGCUCCCCCAAGAAAACGAGCCCUUUAUGUUGGAGAAGUUGAAGGAGGUAUUUUCAGGGAAGCUUUUCAAUGGCUUUUCAAAAUCUCGUGGGAGUGUACCAGCUCCCUAGGUAAAGGUUGGAGCCAACAAGUAGCUUGUAGAUACAGUUCAUAUCUAGAAAGAGAAUGUAAAUCACAAUUUUAUUUCAGCUCAAACUUAGGAAGUAAACAUACAGUACAGUGUCUGUUGAGGAAGUAAUGUAGGAUUAAAGUUUAGCAUGCCAAA